AUGCUGGACUUGGGUGCCGCCAAGAAGCAGACAGUGGAGCGGCCAGGAUUUAGACAUCACAGAAAAGAGACCCAUGUGUGUCAGCCAACACUUUCCCAUCAGAAUACAGAGAGCAAUGAGGAAUUCACUCAUUUCAGGAAGCUAAAUGGCUCCACUGUAGACGUUCCCAGUCACCAGGACCUCCACAAAGAGCUGCUGCUCAGCCACAAGCGUGGCCUGGUAUUGGAGGAGAAGCCUGAGCUCCAGAGGGUGUUGGAGCAGCGGAGGUUGGACCAGUGCCGAGAGCAGGAGCUGGCCCAGCGGCCACCUUCUGAUCUGGAGCAGGAGCUCCGCAAGAGACAGCAGAGGCUGCAGGAGUAUGAACAGGAGGAGUUGAAGCGCAUAGAGGGCCAGAAGAAUGUUCCUGAAUUUGUGCGAGUCAAAGAGAAGCUGAGACACAUACAGAUGUCUGGAAAUAAUGGCUGA